GUGACCACAGUUACCUCCACAUUAACUCUCAGUGUGCAUCUUACACAGGCCCAGAACACACACAAACACACACAGGUUUGUGCAGCUAGUCUACUUAGGACACUGCAUUGACUCCCAUGGAGUUGCACAACCUGAACAAAGUUGUAUUCCUAAUGAUAACCAGUUAAUACACUACCCAAAUCUAACCUAACCAUAAGUCAAACUAACCUAAACUUAACCAGUUCCUCAGAUGGCAAUACAAGUUUAUUUGUACAGCACUAUUCAUACACAAGGCAACUCAAAGUGCUUCACAAAGGCACAGAAGUAAAAGCAAGACAUUAAAAUUUAAUAAUUUAAAAUUAUUAAGAGAUAUAGAGCCUCAGACGUGACAUGGGAAAAAAAACUGAUUAGUUCCCACAAAAUAAGUAUAAUGCUAAACGCUAAAACAUAAUAAUAAUUAUUAUUAUUAUUAUUAAUAAUUAUUGUAUGAUUUACGUGGCCUUAGAAAAAGCCAUUUAUAAUCAUAUAAUGGCGGGCCGCUACUGCAAAGUCCGCCACAAUCGUGACACACGAAGUUAAAUGUGGCAUGUUUCAGCAUUUUCCACUACACCUAUGUCGUGGGAACAAAUUAGAAUUUUGUGGGGGGCUCCGUAAAGCGAUACAAGUGUGAUAUGCCAAUAAAAGUUAUUGAUUAAUUCUUGUUUUAAAAAUGAAAUAUGGUUUUGGUCCCAUAAGGAUUAGGGGUCCUGGCAUGGUCAGUGUUUAAGGCACGCGACAUCCAUUAACAUGACACCCUGGUGAACUGAGUUACAAAGAACAAAUGAAUGAAUGAAUGACAAAGCUACUAACAGUCCGACAUUUCAUUUUUAAAUGCCCAACACAUGUAGCCUUCAGCAGCAGCGAUAAUACAUUCCUUCCAUGCUAUGAAAUGUUAUCAGCUUUAAUUUUUCCUCCCCUCAAAGCCCCUUAAAGUGCACAGUGGAUUAUUCAGUCAUUAUGUCCCUGUCAUAGAAAUAUGAUGACAUAUGUUAGAAGACAUUUAAACUACUUUAUUUCAUGACGCUGAACUGUGGAAGAGGCUGAUAGAUACAGCACCAUUGUCCUUCAAGGUAGGAGGUCAAAGGUCAAUUCUUCAUGUUAUUGUUUGGUGAAUUGUCCAACUUUUUUCUUUUCUUUUUUAACUGCCAUGAUUUUGUCUGGUUGUCUCCUGCACACCACGACUCUGGCUCUCAGAUGCUUGGGCUCAUGUUUUAGAUAAAUUAGGCCACUAGGUGUCUCUCAAAGACAAAAAUUACAGGCCGGCUCUAUGGGUUUGACCUUAUUAGUUCAAAUAACAAGACCAUGAAUGUUUCUUUAAUACAUAAAACAAUGACAUGCACAUAAAUAUUUACAUUACAUUACAUUACAUGUUGUGUAAGACAUUUUCUUCAUAAUUGACCUAAUCUUUAAUUUUCUAUAUUGGUUUAGGCUAUAAUUUGUUAUCCACUAUGUAUGAAAUGUAUGUAUGACUCCCCCUCCCAUCUCAGUGUCAUGUGAUCUGUGUGAGUCCAGUGCCAGGUUAAAGCAGUGUGUGUAAGAGGGCUGACUCUGUCAGGAUUAACCCACAUGGUUUAACGUUCUGACAAAACAAGCUUACUGGUGGCCACAGUCUGCAAACAGCACAGUACCAACAGUAGCUUCGUGUAACACCGAUACAAACACUUCAGGGUCCUUUCUUUCACAUACUACAGUAUGGCAUCCCUGGAUGAAGAGCUGACCUGCUCUGUGUGCCGAGACAGCUUCAGCCAACACCACCCUCCACCUUGCGGUCACAGCCUCUGCCCCGACUGCAUCCGCGAGGCCUGGAGCAGUAAGGGUGAUGGUGAAGUUCGCUUUACCUGUCUUCAGUGUCAGGAAGAGAACAGUGGAGUAUUGUGUGACUCCUGCCCUUCUGAGACGCAGAAUGGGCAGCCAGCAUUGGCGAUCAAGACCUGCCUGAAGUGUGAGGUGUCGCUGUGUGCUGAACACCUCCAGCCACAUCUGGAAAGGCCGGCGUUCAGCACCCAUCUGUUAGUGGAACCACUCCGGGACCUUUCCCUGCGAAGGUGUCCGACGCACACAGAGAUGUUCCGCUACUACUGUACGGAUGAGAGGGUGUAUGUGUGCGGCGACUGUCUGCUGGAGGGAGGCCAUGCUCAGCACAAAGUUAAAGCUCUGAGACAAGUGGAGGAUGACCUGAAGGUCAUUCUCCACACACUGCUCAGAAAAGCAGAGGAAAAAUUGAAAGAUGGAGAGCGAAUCCUCAAGGAGCAUGAGAAUAUUGAUUCCGUUAUGGCUGACUCUCUAGAAAAUGACGACACACAGGUGGAGCGACUGGGUUCAGACCUGCAGGUUCAGGGGAUGAAGCUUGUGGUGGCGCUGAAGGAGAUCACGAGGAAGGAGAGACAGCAGGUCAUUGAACGUGUGCGCCAGGACUGUUCUAAGGUGAGGGACGACGUGAGCCAGACGCUGAGCAUCCAGCACUACCUGGCCUCGCUGCUGACGGAGACUGACCCCUUCCUGCUCAUCUGGUUCUUUCAAACAGAUGAGACAAAGUUACUCGCUGACCUGAACAGCCCUGUUUUCAUCCCUGAUGCUGUCAGGCUGGACAGGAAGAACAUCCUGGAAGAUAUCGAGAGCAAGUACCGGGAAUUCAUCACCUCCACCCUCCGCUGCCUCAGUGAACUCAAGAGGGAGCUCUUAACCAGUCCCUUGACUCUGGAUACCAACACUGCCCAUCCUCUCCUGAGCAUCACUGAUGACCUUCGCUCAGUGACACGAGUCAAAAACCGCCUGCCCCGCGCUGCUCAUCCCCAACGUUUUGACCACUGGCCUCAGAUACUCACUGUCCAGACCUUCUCCUCUGGUACUCACUACUGGGAGCUGGAGGCUGAGGGAUUCUGGGAUAUUGGUGUUUGCUAUAGAAGUAUUGGACGGAAAGGGAAAGACAGCAACGCUUUUGGGAACAACAAGGUAUCAUGGAGCUUGACACAGCAGCAUGACAGGAAGCUGGCCGCCUGGCACAACCGCAGAAAGACUCGCCUCAAUUACCGAAUGACUCACAACCGAGUUGCUGUAGCAGUGGACUUCAGCUCAGGAACCAUCACCUUCUCUGAGGUGGGACUGUCCAGCAAUCUGACCCACAUUCACACUUUCUCCACCGCCUUUACUCAGCCGGUGUGCUUGGGUUUUGGACUCUACAAGGCUGAGCUCAACAGCCACAUCUCUAUCCUCAAAGUCUGAGAUAAAGAAAAGGCAAAGGAGGCCUAAGGGAAUAACUGUGCUGGUUUGGCUGAGAUAAAGCCACUCCAAGACAAUCAAGUGUUGUAAAAAAAUAACAAACCACACAACUCAGUGCUGGAAAUUGUGCCAACUGGAACAUUUAAGCUGAGCUAGUCUUCCAUAAACAUAUCACUAAAAACGGUGAUCAGGUGGGAAUGAUUUUAAAUGCUGAAGGGGAACAAAUUAAUAUUUGUAUAUGAAUAUGUUCUGUAUUCCACAGUGAUUUAAAGCUACACUCUGUAACGUUUAGAGAUUUUUGGUUAUUUUUGUCACGCGUCUGUCUGUCAAACUGCUGAAUGACCUAACACUAACCUUGUUUUUAUAGCGGUAGAAUUAAUUUUGGAAACCUUUCGUGAGCGCAUCUUUUGCCUCCAUCUGUCUUGAUAUAAAAUGAGCCACCUCCUUUGUGCUGUUCCUUUUGACAAUUAACAUUGUGUGGACUCGUUUUGGAUGUAACUGACAUUAAGUUUAUAAAAGUUACACCUACAGGUUUAAAAAUGCAACUGACUAGCUCUUAAAAUACUGUUACCAGUUUAUUAGGAACACCUAGUUCUAUCUGAUUCACUCUAAUAUUGAAUGCAACUGCCUUUAGUUUAUUGCUAAUUCACAUUUGUUGUGCUGAAUUGUGUUGCAUCAGGGGUAUUUAGUCGACCUUCAUUGAUUAACACUGGAGGAAAAUUGCAAUGAUAUUGUGUGAUACCGUUUAUUAUUUGAGCUGCGCAAGGGCCUACCUCUGUUUGACUCAAAAAAAAAUUUGCUUAUUCUAUAAUAUUUGUUUGAGUUGUGUCUUGCUUUGCCCAUACAUAAUUAAUAAGGCUAAAACCCAGCCUCGUAUCUGCUGCA